AGAAUGUUUGUGAUUGUAUUACUUGAUAACUCGUUAAGAGGGGGUUAUUGGUCUAAGGCAUUUGAAACUUUCUGUUAUUUCAGUUGUCACCAUAUCGAGAAGAAGAAGAAGAAGAAGAAGAGCGGCAAAGAUGAGGCCUGGUCUAGGCAUGGAGAGGGGCAAAAGGUGUCGACAACUUUCUGAUCUUCAAAUAGAGUCUGGUGAUCUUACCUGGAGGAAGCUGAUUGGAAUGGGCAAGCUUUAUAAUGCGAUCUAUUACUAUGACUUUGGCCAUAAAGCUGCAGCCAGUCAAAGAAAGCAAGAGGAUGAGGCAUCACUUGAGCUAUGGCAUAGGAGCCAGGUUCAAAAGAUCAGAAGUGACAAUGGAAAAGAAUUCAUUGAUGGUCCAAUGAAGGAUUUUUCUCAGCAACAAGGCAUCUUUUAUCAAACUUCCUGUGUCAAUACACCACAACAAAAUGGUGUAGUUGAACGCAAAUACCACCACUUACUUGAGGUUGCUAGGGCCCUGCGUUUCCAAGCCAACCUACCUCUAAAAUUCUGGGGUGAUUGUAUCCUCACUACUGCUUAUUUGAUCAAUCUAACCCCAACACCUGUUCUUUCUGAACUCACACCCUUUGAAAAGCUCUUCAACAAGACACCUAACUAUCAUUACAUCAAAACCUUUGGCUGUCUUUGUUUUGCCCAUAACAAUUCUAAAGCUCGGAAUAAAUUUGAUAGCAGGGCAUCCAAAUGUGUGUUCAUAGGAUAUCCUUUUGGAAAACGUGGAUAUAAAGUUUAUGAUUUGGAGACACAUGAAAUUUUUAUCUCGAGGGAUGUUAUUUUCCAUGAAGAAAUCUUCCCCUACAGGUCAGAAGAUGUUGGUAAGGCAGAAGCAUCAUCAACCCCUAAUGUUGCAGACUUCUUUGAUGACCAGGACUUGUAUCCGACAUCCACCAUAAACCAAUUAGCCACCACCACCGUACCACCACUACUACCAAAUGUUGCUGAACCAAACAUAAACAAUCAUGACCAACCUGUGAACCCCACAAACCAAGAUAUGAGCCAAAAUCAUCACAUUGAACAGCCUCCUAGGCCACACCGAGAACGCCAUCCACCAAAGCAUGUCAAUGACUAUGUAUGCGAUUGGCCAAAGUCCAUGAAUCCUAAGCAAGCUCCAUUGCAUUCAGCCAACUCAGCGGCCAUCAGCUCUGUGGAUGAGCCAAGCUCUUUUUCUCAAGCAGUUAAGGACGAGAAGUGGAGAGAAGCAAUGCAAAAAGAGAUUACUGCCCUUGAACAGAAUGGGACUUGGACAAUUGAGACUCUACCACUAGGCAAACGAGCAAUAGAUUCCAAGUGGGUCUAUAAAAUAAAAUACAAAGCAGAUGGUACCAUAGAAAGAUACAAAGCAAGGUUGGUUGCAAAGGGGUUCACACAGAUUGAAGGGCUUGAUUACCAUGAAACUUUUGCACCGGUCGCAAAACUAGUUACAGUUCGUGUUCUACUUGCAAUUGCAUCCAUGAAUCGAUGGGAGCUCCACCAACUUGAGGUAAACAAUGCUUUCUUACAAGGAGACUUAAAUGAAGAAGUUUACAUGAAAAUUCCACAAGGUUUCAACUGUAAGGAUAGAGGUAAAGUGUGUAGACUCCGCAAGUCGCUCUAUGGACUCAAGCAAGCUUCACGCAACUGGUUUGCAAAAUUUACAAAAUCCUUAAAAGAUGCAGGAUUUGUCCAAUCGUAUGCAAAUUACUCUUUGUUCACUUUUACCAAUAAUCAAAAGUUCAUUGCAGUCCUUAUCUAUGUAGAUGACAUCAUCAUAACAGGGAAUGAUCUAAGUGGCAUCUCAACCUUGAAGGUUUAUCUACACACAAAAUUUUCAAUCAAAGACUUUGGGCCAUUGAAGUACUUUCUCGGCAUUGAGGUGACUCAAACUCCAAAUGGGAUUGUCCUUAGCCAAAGAAAGUAUGCCCUAGACAUACUCACGAAAGCAGGUAUGAUUGGUGCUCGGCCUAGUGCUUUUCCCAUGGAACAACAUCAUCACCUUAAUUCAGAAUCUGGUGAGCCUAUCCCCGAUCCAUCUCAAUAUCAUAGAUUGGUUGGAAGGCUACUUUAUUUAACUAUUACCAGGCCAGACAUAUGCUAUUCUGUUGGAAUUCUUACUCAAUUUAUGCAAAAUCCCAAAAAAGAUCACUUUGAAGCUGCCAUGAGAAUGCUACGAUACAUUAAAUCUUCCCCUGGUCAAGGCAUCAUGCUUUCCUCUAUAAAUAGACCUCAAUUAACGGCUUAUUGUGAUGCAGAUUGGGCAGGUUGUCCCAUGACAAGGUGUUCUACAACUGGAUAUUUUAUAUGUCUUGGCAAUUCUCCAAUUUCUUGGAAGUCUAAGAAACAAGUGACUGUCUCGACAUCUUCGGCGGAAGCAGAGUACAGGGCUAUGGCCACAACUGUUAGUGAGCUCAUUUGGUUGAAGUCUUUACUUCAUGAUCUUCAAGUCCCUCAUCCACAACCAAUGACACUACACUGUGACAAUCAAGCAGCACUACACAUUGCCUCCAAUCCAGUGUUCCAUGAAAGAACAAAACAUAUAGAAAUUGACUGCCAUUUCGUACGAGAAAGAAUACAAAGCAAGGAAUUAGUUGCAACACAUGUGCCAUCCCAUUAGCAACUAACAGAUAUUUUCACUAAGGCCUUGGGCCGAGAGAAACUUUUAGCCAUCUUAUCCAAGUUGGGCACUUGUAACGUUCAUGCUCCAACUUGAGGGGGAGUAUAGAGAUGAUUGAGGCAUAAGUGGUGAAGAGUUGAUCAAGGCGGAAAUGCUGCAGAGAAGAUCAGGGAACAAUUUGAAAAUAAAACUGUCAUAUCUUU